AAGACCAUACCAUUGGCCAUCACCAUGAACCUGGGGAAGAUCCCUGGGCUGAAGGGCCUGGUGGCCGGCUCUCAGGGUAAACGUCGUUUCAAAGGAGACCUCACCCUGGACAUGAUCAGUCCUCCGCUGGGGGACUUCCGACAUACCAUGCACGUGGGCCACGGAGGGGACAUGUUCGGGGACACCUCGUUCCUUAGCAACCACGGGGGGGCCACCAACGGAAACGGGGAUUCUGUCACAAGCUCUGACAACAAGAUCGGGGCGUUCUUCUCUCGGACCCUCCGGCAUGUUCGGAAGACACCAGAGCGUCCCAGGGGGGGAUCCAAGGACCUGUCCCCGCCACCCCCUCCCAUAUCCCCCAUUAUCAAGAAUGCAGUGUCCCUCCCCCGACUGGAUGUGGACUCACCAAACGGCUGCCCUGCUAAAAACCUCUUCCCCGCCUCUCCUACCUCGCUGGAGGAGACCGCUUAUGGUUAUGGUGAGUCUUACUGUACACCUACAUUUACACACAUAUACAUACACACACAUAUACACACAGAAAUUCACACACAUUCACAACACACCUAUUCCACACAAAUAUACACCCACAACAUAUACACACACAAAAUAUACACACACACAUGAUUACACCACACACCAUAUACACCACACCAUUCACAUCACAACACCACAUAUUCACACACACACACACACACAUCACACACAUACACACACAUAUACACACACAAAUAAACAUACACACACACACACAUUUACACACAUACAUUCACACACAUAUACAUACAAAUACACACACAUGUACACACACAAACACAUACAAAUACACACACAAACACACACAUACAUAUACACACAUAUACACACACACACACACACACAUAUACACACCAUAUACACACACACAUAUACACACACAUACACACACAAAUACACACACAUACAGUGGGGAAAAAAAGUAUUUAGUCAGCCACCAAUUGUGCAAGUUCUCCCACUUAAAAAGAUGAGAGAGGCCUGUAAUUUUCAUCAUAGGUACACGUCAACUAUGACAGACAAAAUGAGGAAAAAAAAUCCAGAAAAUCACAUUGUAGGAUUUUAAAGGAAUUUAUUUGCAAAUUAUGGUGGAAAAUAAGUAUUUGGUCAAUAACAAAAGUUUCUCAAUACUUUGUUAUAUACCCUUUGUUGGCAAUGACACAGGUCAAACGUUUUCUGUAAGUCUUCACAAGGUUUUCACACACUGUUGCUGGUAUUUUGGCCCAUUCCUCCAUGCAGAUCUCCUCUAGAACAGUGAUGUUUUGGGGCUGUCGCUGGGCAACACGGACUUUCAACUCCCUCCAAAGAUUUUCUAUGGGGUUGAGAUCUGGAGACUGGCUAGGCCACUCCAGGACCUUGAAAUGCUUCUUACGAAGCCACUCCUUCGUUGCCCGGGCGGUGUGUUUGGGAUCAUUGUCAUGCUGAAAGACCCAGCCACGUUUCAUCUUCAAUGCCCUUGCUGAUGGAAGGAGGUUUUCACUCAAAAUCUCACGAUACAUGGCCCCAUUCAUUCUUUCCUUUACACGGAUCAGUCGCCCUGGUCCCUUUGCAGAAAAACAGCCCCAAAGCAUGAUGUUUCCACCCCGAUGCUUCACAGUAGGUAUGGUGUUCUUUGGGUGCAACUCAGCAUUCUUUGUCCUCCAAACACGACGAGUUGAGUUUUUACCAAAAAGUUCUAUUUUGGUUUCAUCUGACCAUAUGACAUUCUCCCAAUCCUCUUCUGGAUCAUCCAAAUGCACUCUAGCAAACUUCAGAUGGGCCUGGACAUGUACUGGCUUAAGCAGGGGGACACAUCUGGCACUGCAGGAUUUGAGUCCCUGGCGGCGUAGUGUGUUACUGAUGGUAGGCUUUGUUACUUUGGUCCCAGCUCUCUGCAGGUCAUUCACUAGGUCCCCCCGUGUGGUUCUGGGAUUUUUGCUCACCGUUCUUGUGAUCAUUUUGACCCCACGGGGUGAGAUCUUGCGUGGAGCCCCAGAUCGAGGGAGAUUAUCAGUGGUCUUGUAUGUCUUCCAUUUCCUAAUAAUUGCUCCCACAGUUGAUUUCUUCAAACCAAGCUGCUUACCUAUUGCAGAUUCAGUCUACCCAGCCUGGUGCAGGUCUACAAUUUUGUUUCUGGUGUCCUUUGACAGCUCUUUGGUCUUGGCCAUAGUGGAGUUUGGAGUGUGACUGUUUGAGGUUGUGGACAGGUGUCUUUUAUACUGAUAACAAGUUCAAACAGGUGCCAUUAAUACAGGUAACGAGUGGAGGACAGAGGAGCCUCUUAAAGAAGAAGUUACAGGUCUGUGAGAGCCAGAAAUCUUGCUUGUUUGUAGGUGACCAAAUACUUAUUUUCCACCAUAAUUUGCAAAUAAAUUCAUUAAAAAUCCUACAAUGUGAUUUUCUGGAUUUUUUUUUCUCAAUUUGUCUGUCAUAGUUGACGUGUACCUAUGAUGAAAAUUACAGGCCUCUCUCAUCUUUUUAAGUGGGAGAACUUGCACAAUUGGUGGCUGACUAAAUGCUUUUUUCCCCCACUGUAUAUACACACAUAUAUACACACACAUUCACACACAUAUACACACACAUACUGUAUGCACGCAUCCACACAAUAAGUGAACAUGCAACCGUACCUGUGGAGGCUUGCGGUAGCUCCUGGACCUUAGGUCUAGGCUUUAGCUCAGCAGGCUAACACCGUCUUGUUGCAUGCAGGAGACUUGGAUUUGAUACAUGGUCAGUCAUAGAAGCAGUAACUGCCAUUGGACAUGCUGUAAAAACAAGCCACAGUAAUUCACAGAUUUUCCACAGCUGCCAUGAUGAAUCGCUGUGGCUCAGACACAACAACCCUCACAUUCUCUCCAGCAUGAUGUGUGAUGAUAAGAGCGAGCCGUGCCAGACAUGACUGUGCUGUCGUGUGUCUGGUCUGAGGCCCUGUGUGACUGACUGCCCCACAUUAAUACCCUCAUGUCUCACUGUCUGAUCUUUCUGCCCUAUUGUUGUGUGUUUGUGUAUGUGACGCGUGUGCGUGUGUGUGUGUGAGUGUGUGUGACAUGCGUGUGUGUGUGCAUGCAUGUUUUUGGUAUACUAUGCUAUAGUAUACUUUUUUUGGUAUAAAAAUACUAUAGUAUACUAUGGUGUAAAUACUAUAGGAUACUAUGGUCUAAAUACUAUAGUAUACUAUGGUCUAAAUACUGUAGUACACUGUGGUCUAAAUACUGUAGUAUACUAUGGUCUAAAUACUUUAGUAUACUAUGGUCUAAAUACUGUAGUAUACUAUGGUCUAAAUACUGUAGUAUACUAUGGUCUAAAUACUAUAGUAUACUAUGGUCUAAAUACUGUAGUAUACUAUGGUCUAAAUACUAUUCUACAUACUAUAGCAUACUAUGGUCUAAAUACUGUUGUAUACUAUGGUCUAAAUACUAUAGUAUACUAUGGUCUAAAUAAUAUUCUGAAUACUGUAGUAUACUAUGGUCUAAAUACUAUAGUAUACUAUGGUCUAAAUACUGUUGUAUACUAUGGUCGAAAUAAUAUAGUAUACUGUGGUCUACAUACUAUAGUAUACUAUGUUCUAAAUUAUGUUGUAUACUAUGGUCUAAAUACUAUAGUAUACUAUGGUCUAAAUACUAUAUUAUGCUAUGUUCUAAAUUCUGUAGUAUACUAUGGUCUAAAUACUAUUCUACAUUCUAUAGUAUACUAUGGUCUAAAUACUAUAGUAUACUAUGGUCUAAAUACUGUAGUAUACUAUGGUCUAAAUACUACAGUGUACUAUGGUCUAAAUACUGUAGUAUACUAUGGUCUAAAUACUAUAUUAUACUAUGGUCUAAAUACUGUAGUAUACUAUGGUCUAAAUACUGUAGUAUACUAUGGUCUAAAUACUAUAGUAUACUAUGGUCUAAAUACUAUAGUAUACUAUGUUCUAAAUACUAUAGUAUACUAUGGUCUAAAUACUAUAGUAUACUAUGGUCUAAAUACUUUAGUACACUAUGGUCUAAAUACUAUAGUAUACUAUGGUCUAAAUACUGUAGUAUACUAUGGUCUAAAUACUGUAGUAUACUAUGGUCUAAAUACUGUAGUAGACUAUGGUAUAAAUACUAUAGUAUACUAUGGUCUAAAUACUAUAGUAUACUAUGUUCUAAAUACUAUAGAUACUAUGGUCUAAUAUAGUACCUAUGCAAAUACUAAAUGGUCUAAAUACUUUAUACACUAUGGUCGUAAAUACUAUAGUAUACUAUGGUCUAAAUACUGUAGUAUACUAUGGUUAAUACUAUAGUAUACUAUGGAUUUUUAAAUACUGUAGUAUACUAUGGUCUAAAUACUUGUAUACUAUGGUCUAUACAUAUAAUAUGGUUAAAUACUAUAGUAUACUAUGGUCUAAAUACUAUAGUAUACUAUGGUCUAAAUACUGUAGUAUACUAUGGUCUAAAUACUAUAGUAUACUAUGGUCUAAAUACUAUAGUAUACUAUGGUCUAAAUACUGUAGUAUACUAUGGUCUAAAUACUAUAGUAUACUAUGGUCUAAAUACUGUUGUAUACUAUGGUCUAAAUACUAUAGUAUACUAUGGUCUAAAUACUGUAGUAUGACUAUUUAUAUACUAUAGUAUACUAUGGUCUAAAUACUAUAGUGUACUAUGGUCUCAAUACUGUAGUAUGACUAGUUAUAUAAUAUAGUAUACUAUGGUCUAAAUACUAUAGUAUACUAUGUUAUAACAUAGUUAGUAAUACUUAUGGUCUAAAUACUAUAUAUACUAUGGUCUAAUACUAUAGUAUACUAUGGUCUAAAUACUGUAGUAUACUAUGGUAUAAAUACUAUAGUAUACUAUGGUCUAAAUACUAUAGUAUACUAUGUUCUAAAUACUAUAGUAUACUAUGGUCUAAAUACUAUAGCAUACUAUGGUCUAAAUACUUUAGUACACUAUGGUCUAAAUACUAUAGUAUACUAUGGUCUAAAUAUAUAUUAGUAUACUAUGGGUAAAUACUAUUAGUAUACUAUGGUCUAAAUACUAUAGUAUACUAUGGUCUAAAUACUGUAGUAUACUAUGGUCUAAAUACUAUAGUAUACUAUGGUCUAAAUAAUAUUAUAAAUACUAUAGUAUACUAUGGUCUAAAUACUGUAGUAUACUAUGGUAUAAAUACUAUAGUAUACUAUGGUCUAAAUACUGUAGUAUACUAUGGUCUAAAUACUAUAGUAUACUAUGGUCUAAAUACUAUAGUAUACUAUGGUCUAAAUACUAUAGUAUACUAUGGUCUAAAUACUGUAGUAUACUAUGGUCUAAAUACUAUAGUAUACUAUGGUCUAAAUAAUAUUAUAAAUACUAUAGUAUACUAUGGUCUAAAUACUGUAGUAUACUAUGGUCUAAAUACUGUAGUAUACUAUGGUAUAAAUACUAUAUUAUACUAUGGUCUAAAUACUAUAGUAUACUAUGGUCUAAAUACUGUAGUAUACUAUGGUCUAAAUACUAUAGUAUACUAUGGUCUAAAUACUGUAGUAUGACUAUUUAUAUACUAUAGUAUACUAUGGUCUAAAUACUAUAGUGUACUAUGGUCUCAAUACUGUAGUAUGACUAGUUAUAUAAUAUAGUAUACUAUGGUCUAAAUACUAUAGUAUACAAUGGUCUAAAUAGUGUAGUAUACUAUGGUCUAAAUACUAUAUUAUACUAUGGUCUUAAUACUAUAGUAUACUAUGGUCUAAAUACUAUAGUAUACAAUGGUCUAAAUAAUGUAGUAUACUAUGGUCUAAAUACUAUAUUAUACUAUGGUCUUAAUACUACAGUAUACUAUGGUCCUAAAUACUGUAAGGAUAACUAUGGUAUAAAUACUAUUGGUAUACUACGGCUAAAUACUGAGUAUACUAUGGUCUAAAUACUAUAAUAUACUAUGGUCCAAAUAAUAUUCUAAAUACCAUAGUAUACUAUUGGUCAAAAUACUGUAGUAUGCCUAUGGUGUAAAUACUAUAGUAUACUAUGGUCUAAAUACUGUAUAUACUAUGGGGCCUAAAUACUCUAGUAAUCUAUGGUCUAAAUACUAUAGUAUAACUAUGUCUAAUACUAAUAGGAUACUAUGGUCUAAAUACUAUUCUAACAUACUAUAGUAUACUAUGGUCCUAAAUACUGUAGUAUAAACUAUGGUAUAAAUACUAUAUUAAUACUAUGGGUCCCAAUACUGUAGUAAUUAUGGUCUAAAUACUGUAGUAUACUAUGGUCUAAAUACUAUAUAUACUAUGGUCUAAAUACUCUAGUAUACUAUGUUCUAAAUACUAUAGUAUACUAUGGUCUAAAUACUAUAGUAUACUAUGUCUCAAAUACUAUAGUAUACUAUGGUCUAAAUACUGAUACUGUUAAUUAUAGUACUACUAUGGUUCUAAAUACUGUAUGUCUAGACUAUGUAUAUACUAUAUUUAUACUAUGGUCUAAAUACUAUAGUGUACUAUGGUCUAAAUACUGUAGUAUGACUAGUUAUAUACUAUAGUAUACUAUGGUCUAAAUACUAUAGUAUACAAUGGUCUAAAUAUGUAGUAUACUAUGGUCUAAAUACUAUAGUAUACUAUGGUCUAAAUACUAUAGUAUUGACUAUGGUCUAAUACUUAGUAUACUAUGUUAAAAUACUUAGUAUACUAUGGUCUAAAUACAUAGUAUACUAUGUUCUAAUACUUAGUAUACUAUGUCUAAAUACAUAGCUCUAUGGCUAAAACUUGACUAUGGUCUAAAUACUUAGUAUACUAUGGUCUACAUCUAGUAUACUAGUUAAUACUAAUUAUAUAGGUCUAAAUACUAUAGUAUACUAUGGUCUAAAUACUGUAGUAUACUAUUCUAAUACUAUAGUAUACUAUGGUCUAAAUACUAUUAUAAUACUGAUUAUGGUCAAAUACUGAGUCUAUGUUAAUAUUAGUAUCUAUGGUCUAAUAUUAUUCUAGGUUAUGGAUACUAUCAUUGUGAGUACUAGGUUCUUACGUAGUACUACAUGUAAUACAGACAUUCUAAUACUAGUAGUACAUGUCUAUUCUACUAGUAAUCUUGUCUAAUUUCUGUGGUAUACUAUGUCUAAAACGUGAUACUUGCAAUCAUAGUACUGGUCUUAAAUACUUAGUAUAGUAUGGCUAAUGACUGUAGUGUUACUGGUCUAAUCUAUAGAUCUUGGUCUAGAAUACUUAACUAUGGUCUAAAUAAUAGUUAUUGGUUAAACUGUAGAUGAUAUACUAUACUAUAGUAUACUAGUCUUUAACUGCUCUGUAUUGGUAUGAAGCUAUAUAUGAUUUGUCUAAUCUAUGUUACUAGGUAAAACUGUAGUCAUAGUCACUUUAUAUUUAGGUAAACUAGCAUGUCCAAUUACUAGUAUCGAGGCUAAAUAUAGUUUACUAUUCCAAAGACUAACUAGUCUUAUUCAGGAACUGGUCUUCUUAGAUAUGAUAAGUAUGUAAAACUAUGGUUAAACUAGUAAUGGUAAACCAUAGUAAUGUUAAACUAGUAAAUGUAAUACUAGGUCUAACUGCGAAUCUUAUUCUAUUCUUCCUGUAAGUCAAUACGAAACAUUCUUUAGGUUUUGGUCAAUUAUUUUUCAAAUACAGAAUGUUCUAAUAGAGUACUAUGGUUAAAUCUUGUUCUCUUUACAUGUUCCAGGAUAGAUCUAUUUCUCAAUCAUGUUACUCAGGAGUCUAAAUAAUAGUAUACUAUGGUUAAAUACUAUAGCACAUGGUCUAUAUACUGUAGUAUCUAUGUAACUAUCUUAUACUCUGGUCUAAAUUCAGGUGUACUAUGGUCUAAAACUGUAGUAUGACUAGUUAUACUACUAUAGAUACUAUGGUCUAAAUACUAUGUAUACAAUGGUCUAAAUACUGUAGUAUACUAUGGUCUAAAUACUAUAGUACAUGGUCUAAUACUAUAGUAUCUAUGGUCAAUACAAGUAUACUAUGUUCUAAAUACUGUAUUAUAUAUGGUCUAAUACGAUAGUAACUAUGGUCUAAAUAAUAGUAUACUAUGUGUCUAAAUACUAUAGUAUACUAUGGUCUAAAUACUGUAGUAUGACUACUUAUAUACUAUAGUAUAUUAUGGUCUAAAUACUAUAGUAUAUUAUGGUCUAAAUACUGUAGUAUUACUAUUUAUAUACUAUAGUAUACUAUGGUCUAAAUACUAUAGUAUACGAUGGUCUAAAUACUGCAGUAUUACUAUUUAUAUACUAUAUUACUAUAUUAUUCAGUGUAGGGAUACUACAGUGUGGAGUAUAGGAUUCUACAGUAUACUACAGUUUACUACAGAAUUCUAUAGUAAGUACAAUAGUAUUCUAUAGUAAGCUGUAGUAUUUUGUGUGGGUAUGCAGUGGUUUCUUAACGUACCUUGCAUCUAGUUGGUUUCCAGCUAUAGUAGCAGUAGGCCAUGAGAGCAUUAGUGUGUGACGGGUCAUGUGAGUGAUCUGGCCUGAGAACAACAUACCUAAGAGGUGAUGUCUAACUCAGAGAUAGAGCUUGAGUUUGAAACUGGCAGAAGACUCACUCUUUGAUUACAUAGUUUACACUGCCCUCUGUUGGUGAUGGGAGAGCAUCUAUGGAAGUUCCUUCCUGAAUUCUCCACUUUACUUCCCAGGAGAGACUGAGCAUAGUCCACUUUAUUUCCCAGGAGAGACUGAGCAUAGUCCACUUUACUUCCCAGGAGAGACUGAGCAUAGUCCACUUUACUUCCCAGGAGAGACUGAGCGUAGUCCACUUUACUUCCCAGGAAAGACUGAGCAUAGCUUCUUUGAGAUGAUCAUGAAGUAAUGGUAAAACUAGUAAUGGUUAAACUAGUAAUGGUAAACCAAGUAAUGGUUAAACUAGUAAUGGUAAAACUAGGGUGCCAACUGGAAUUCUAUUUAUUCUUCCUGUAAAAUAGAUUUUUAGGUUUUUGUCAAUUAUUUUUCACAAUACAGAAUGUUAGGACUAAACUCCUUGUCUCUCCUCCUCCUCAGGUCUGGAGUCAGGUUUCGCCACUCUGCCCCGCCUCUCCCGCUCAGUGGAGUGUCAGUCGCAACAGGGAGGAUCUAUUUCCUGUACACCCAAUGCCCACGGCUGCUCGCUCACCGACGUCUCCGCCCUCCUGAAGUCCUCCGCAUACCCCACCCUGACUUCUGACCCCGGUCACAUGACCCAGUCCGACUCCCUGACCUCCCUGACCUCCAUGGCCUCCUUCACCUUUGAUCUGGGGCCCUCCCUCAUGAGCGAGGUGUUCGGUUUGAUUGACAGCCCCAACGGCCACCCAGAGCACAGCCAUGCCUGGAUGGCAGAGGAGCCAAGUUGCUCUGCGUUCAGGUUUGCGACCAAUGAAGGCUCGGAGAUGGACUCGGAGAUGGAUGCCACCACUGCCUCAUUGGUGGAUUCUCUGCUUCGAGAAGACUGUAGCAGCAGGAAGAGUCCAUAUGGGAUGGAGUGGGAAGAGGAGGAAGAGGAGGCUAGGAGAAUGGAGGUGAAUGGAGGUGAGCAGCAUCUUAAAGGGGCGGUGCCUGAUUUAGUGAUGGGCUCCCCCUCUAGACAGAGACCUGCUAUGGAGAGUGAGAGGUUCCAGGGUGCCACUGAUGUGCUGGGGGUGCUCUAUGGAGUUGGAGGGAUCCUGAAGGGGCAGCAGAGGAUGGAUCUGGAGGGAGAGGUGACCAUGGGCCAGACCAUGAAGAAAACACCUUACAUCUGCAUUACCCCCGAUGAGGAGGAAAUCAAAGUCUGA